GGAUUUUUCUUCUCCGGCAUCUCAGCUCUUAGUAGCAAACAAGUGACUUGACAAAGAUGAACUUUGAAGAGCUCCUGGGGGAAGUCGGAGGUUUUGGGCAAUUCCAGAUCUUAAUACUGCUUCUGCUCUGCAUCCCAAGAGUCUUGCUCCCCUUGCAUUUCCUGCUGCAUAACUUCCUAGCAGCCAUCCCAGAACAUCACUGUGCCAUCCCACAUCAGCAACAAUUUGCCAAUCUUACUAAAGAAGAGGUGCUGAUCAUCAACAUUCCAAGGGAUUUUAAUGGAGCCUUCAGCUCCUGUGAGAUGUUUUCUGAACCUCAGUUUCAUCUACUGCUUAACUCCUCUCUUGAAUUGACCAAUGUAUCUGUCCAGAGCUGCCAGUAUGGAUGGACCUAUGAUCAGUCCCAAUUCAUUUCCACAAUAGUCACUCAGUGGGAUCUGGUCUGUGAGCAUAAAAGCUUGAAUCAAGCAACUGCUACCCUCUUCUUCUUUGGGGUGAUGUUUGGUGCUGUGAUCUUUGGAGACUUGUCUGACAGGUUUGGUCGAAAGAGAAUGCUCCUGGUGUCCUACUUGGGCACGCUCAUCUUUGGGGUAUUGAGUUCUGCCUCAGUUUCCUAUAGUAUGUUUGCAGUGACACGGACUCUGACAGGAAUCUCUAUCUGUGGACUCUCCAUCAUUGUGAUACCUCUGGGCAUGGAAUGGGUGGAUAUACAACAUCGCACCAUAUCGGCGGUUAUAACCAGUCUCUUCUGGAGUUUUGGAAAUAUGCUUCUUGCUCUGAUUGCCUAUUUGGUGCGGGAUUGGCACUGGCUGCUUCUCACCACCUCUCUUCCGUGUAUAGUGGGCAUCAUCUCCACAUGGUGGCUCUCAGAAUCUGCCAGAUGGCUGUUAAUUAAAGGGAAGCUGAAAGAAGCUCACAGACAUUUAAAGAGAUGUGCCAAGAUGAACAGAAAGAAAGAAUUUGCUCACAAAAUAAAUCCUGAGAAUUUACUCAAGACUGCAGCAGUGAUAAGCCAGAAAUCAGAUGGGAACUAUUCCUACAUCAGUCUUUUCCGAACACCAAUACUGAGAAGGAUUUCCUUUUGCCUGGCAGCAGUGUGGUUUGGAGCAGCUUUUUCCUAUUAUAUCAUGAGCAUGGACAUCUCUGGUUUUGGCCUGGGAAUGUAUUUGACCCAGUUUAUCUUUGGGCUCAUUGAGAUUCCUGCCAAGCUCCUUGUUUUUGUUAUGGUAAAUCGAGUUGGACGAAGGCAAAGCCAAGCCUGGGCCCUCAUCCUAAGUGGGUUAUCUAUUGGAAUCAACAUUAUUGUCCCAACAUCUCAGGGGACUUUGCGUUCAGUGAUUGCCACCAUUGGCAAAGGAUUUUCUGAAGCUGCCUUCACUAUAGUCUUCCUGUAUUCUUCAGAACUGUAUCCCACCGUUCUUAGACAGAGUGGACAAGGAUACUGCUCCUUCAUGGCACGUCUAGGGGCAUGUGUGGCUCCGCUUGUCUUCCUGUUGGAUAGCAUAUGGAAGCCUCUGCCCCAAACGGCCUCUUUUGCCGUGGCAGUGCUGUGUGGUUCAUCAGCCUUCUUUCUCCCGGAGACCCGAGGCAUCCGCCUGCCAGAAACGAUAGAUGACAUUGAAAAACAAAGUUCAAAAGGGAAGAAACACCUGCAUGGAGAUGCACCUGAAGUUGCACCUCUCCAAUUAUCACACAAUUGACCUGCUGAGUGGUUAGGUAAGUGAAGCUGCAAAAAGAGGCAAAGUAGCAACAUUAGUUUGAAGGUCCUAAUUUUUACACUACAAUAAGCUGAAUAGUUGAGCUUUUUUUUGUAUGAUUCCUUAGCAGGCAAGCAAAGGUUUGGUGCAGUGGUGCAAUUCAAAUCAUUUAACAA